GUUCACCGCACCAACAUCACUUCCCUCUCUUCUCCCCUCCACCACAACCCACAAUCCUUGCAUCGCAGCAGCAGGACCCACGCGACACCACUUUGACACCUCUACCUGACCUUCCAAAGGAAAUCGCCCAGCAUGUCGGCCACCAAGGAUGAUCUCGAGCCAGAGGCCACCGAGGGGUUCAAGGUGGGAGAGAAGAAGACUAUGGAUGAGUACCAACAGAUGGACCAAAACGACGAAUCCCUCCGCAAAUACAAAGAAUCUCUCGGUCUCGGAGGCGGCGAACGCAUCGGCGACCCCAACGACCCCCGCCAAGUCAUCAUCAAAUCCCUAGGACUAGAAGUCGAAGGCCGAUCCGAUAUCAUCAUCGACCUGACCAAACCUGGUGCCCUCGAGGAUCUGAAGAACCACCCCUUCACCAUCAAAGAAGGCGCUCAAUUCCGCAUGAAAGCUCGCUUCACCGUGCACCAUGAAAUUCUCAGCGGAUUGAAGUAUGUGCAAGUUGUUUCGAGGGGUCCCUUGAAGCAGAAGAUGCAGGAGAUGAUUGGCUCGUACUCUCCCAACACAACCGACAAGCCCGAAUACGAGAAGAAAUUCGAAACCGAUACCGCUCCCACUGGAAUGCUCGGCCGAGGUAAAUACAACGCAGUUUCGAAAUUCGUCGACGACGACAAGAAGACCCACUUGCAUUUCGAGUGGUCCUUUGAGGUGAAGAAGGAAUGGUAGGCGGCGCAUGUCUUUCUUCCUACUUUCGGUUACUUGGAGGGAAUCGGAGGCUUUCGCUGUGAUGAAUCACCACGAGUAGAGGAUGUCUGGAAUAGAGAGUUGAGGUCUUUAUCGCGUCCCUGGUCGAGCGCGACGAGCUGCGCAGAGUGAAAGUGGCAUGGAAAGCUUCGCGUGAGCAGCAGAUCUCACCAUCCUGCCUGAAUUGUUGAAAUCUCUGCACGGCCGCUUCCUGCAACGGAAUCGUCUGGUUUUCGCGCAGUAGGCAGGGCAAGAGUGCUGUCUAUCACUCGCGGAGAACUUCUCUCCCUCGCUUGCAGACAAGGAACGUAUCUGUCACGAACAACACGGAAACACAUAAAAACCAAAAUGGCAAAACAGCGGAAUGAUCUGACUUCAUCAA